CCAGCGCUCUGUGAUACUGGAAUUCGCAGGUCACUGACCGCGAGAAUAGUGCAUGGGUCUGCGCUGAGGCACGCAGACCUGCUGCCCGCGGAGAGCAGCAUGAACUUCAGCUUUGUGGGCACUGAGCCAGAACCCGCAGACUCGUGGUGUCCGGGGGCAGCGAUGAGACUGGGUCGGUGGCCGUAGGCUGUGACUACUGAGCAACACACACAAAAUGUUGGAAGAACUCAGCAGGCCGGGCAGCAUCUAUGGAAAAGAGUAAAGAGUCGGCGUUUCGGGCCGAGACCCUUCAUCGGAACCCGUCUCGACCCGAGACGUCAACUGUUUUCUCUUUUCCAUAGACGCUGCCUGGCCCGCUGGGUUCCUGUGUGCGUUGCUUGGACUUCCAGCGUCUGCAGAUUUUCUCUUGCCUGACCCUACUGAGCCUGGAGGGGUCAGGGGGCCGGGCCGGGCCGCGCCGAGGAGGCCAGACGCACCGACCCCAGAGCCUGGAUCACAGGCCGCGAGCUGGACAAGACCCUCCGACCCCCGGUCACUAAGCAGCAAAGCGAUGUAGCUAUUGGUUAGUGGCGACAGGAAGUGGGCUUUGGUUGGCUGUUGCCCCUCGUUACCGGCGCAACCUGUAGACUCACCGGAAAUUUGCGGCGGUGGCGGCGGCGGCGGCAGCCGGGCCGGGGGCCGGAGUCAGAGUCGGCGGCGGCAUGGACAGUCACUGUUCAAGGAGGCAUGCAGACCAAAUGAAAAGAGACAAAGGGAGGUCAGAGGAAUGGAGUGAGGUACUUGCUGCAAAUAGAGCUGACCAAAAUGUUUUAAUGAACUUUGAUGAAAAACAUGAUAGAUAUCUGAUACUACUUCAGUACAGGAACAGGAUAUUGAAAAAGCUGAAGGCAAAAAGUCCUAAACAAAUCCAACUGGAGCGUUUGGAACAAGGGUUUUCCAUCUAUGUAAAUGGUGCCAACUCUGAACUAAAACAGCAACCAAGAUAUGAAGCAGCUUCAAGAUCAGUAUGGACAGCUGCUGAUGUCCUUUUGAAGCCGGUGCAGCAGUGGAAGGUUGAAGAUGUCCUCGACCUCUGCAGCCAGUUGGACGACCCCAGUUUUUUCUGUACCUUCCCAGAUUCUGCUUCAAGAUCGACUUCCAAUGCCGAAGAGCUGCAAGAGAGAGAAACGCUGAAACGUCGAACCCAAACGGCGCCAGACAAAGUUCAGCGAAAAGGUUGGGUACAGUCUUCGGUCCAUAUUAAAACCGAGAAAGGUGUGCAGUUGCACCUUGGUCCACUUGUCGAUUACUCUAAUGAUUUUGAACCUUAUGAAAGUGUUAACAUGGAUACGCAGGAGCUACUGUGUGAUUGCUCUCAGAAUCUCAGUGAUAAAUCAUCCAAGCACAGAGGCGACUCCUGUGCCUUUUCAGAGUCCUCCUUCAUAAAGCCAUCAAGGACAUCAGAAACCUGCUGUUGUGGUGGCAAUGAAAAAAUACUACUGAAUGUGCAAGAUAUUAAGCUAUUGAGAAGAAGCCUGCAGCCAAAUGGUGACCUUCAGCUUAAUGAGGAGAAGAGCGUUGGCAGCGAGGACUCCGAUUCACUGGAGGAUGAUAUUGUAGAGGAGAUUGAAACUCAAGGUUCAGCCGAGAGUUUGAAAGAUAUACGGCUGAAUAAAGAACUGAAACACAGCAGUGUACAAUCUGGAGAUCUGAUUGUACUUGAUUUUGGGCCUAGUACGAAAAGCAGACAAAAAGAGCAACUUCUAGCAGUAAGGCGAAAAGAUGAUGUUGCAUCCUACAUUCCUUUGAAACCUCUUCUAGUGAAAAGUAAAUCUUUUGACCGGUCUGCCAGUCCUGCUUCUAACCAACAAACAAAGCAAGAGUUCCACCAGGAAAGGGUACAUUCUGCUGCAAGAAGGAAUACAUGCCAUAGCAAGGAUCCAGAAUUAUCUGCUUCAGUCGUCUUCCAAGCAAUGCAGAAAGAAAAUGAAGAUGUGCUGAAAAUAAAAGAAAAACAGAGCACAGUAAUAAAAACACCGACGUGUUGGCAAUCACAUUCCCCAGAUGCAGCCAUGAAUGGCAGAUUGCAGUGUUCAUCAGUGAAGCAUGAUAUGAUCAAUAGAGCUAUUGAACGAAUCAGUCUCUUGGAACCCAGGCAACAAAAGAAGCUUCGAAAAGUACUGGAGCGAAUAGAUGAUCCUUUGAAUGACAGACCCAGUAACAAUACUUUAAUAGCUCGAAAUUCAUUCAAUACUGAGACUCACCAGCGUGUUGGAGUAUCUGACGGGCAAUCAGCAAAGGAUAUAAUUUAUGUCUCGAUGGAAAUUUUGUCAAACUGGGGCAAUGAUCACAAAGUAGGCUUAACAGAAGUGCAGUUUUUUGACCUAAAACAACAGAAGAUUUCUGUUUCGCCUCAUGACGUUGAUGUCAGAAAUGCAUUUUGUCCUGGAAAUUUGGACUCUUUAGUAAAUGGAAGGACAAAGACUACAAAAGAUCGUCAUAUGUGGACCUGUUCUUUCCACCCACCAGUUCAAUUAUACUUUGUUCUACGAAACACUAACAAAUCAUGUCACUUUGGUAUUUCUAAAAUCAAGAUUUGGAAUUAUAACAGAAGCCUCAAUGAUCUUGAUGUUGGGGUGAAAAGUGUAAGGAUUUAUAUGGAUGGUAAUCUGGUACAUGAAGGUGAGCUGGAAAAAGGCUGUGGAAACCAGGUGUUUGACUACAGUACGAUCAUUGAUCUGAGGCCGAGCAAAAGUGGAUUUUAUAUGUCCAAUGGGAGUGAUAUGGAAGAAGAAAUUGAUAGUUUGGAAAGGGAACAUUGUGUUCCAUCUCCAGAACAAGCAAGUACCUCAGGCUUUUUAAAUUCAGUGCUAAAUAAUAAGAGAAGCAUUGGGAGUGAUACAGAAGAACAAAUUAAAGAAGUUGGGAACUCAAAAAGAAACUCUGUCUUUUGGUUGCCACACCAAGCAAGUUGCUCAGUUUUAAAUUCAAGUUUUGACAGUGAUAAAAACAUGUUAAAUUAUUCAUUUGGCUCACCAAAGAGUAAGAUUUCUGCCUUGGAAGGAGACAUGACUUUAAUAACUCCUGUGUCACUUGAGGAGUCACUUUUAAGGAUAAAUAUUUCAGAAGACAGUAAGCAACUGGAAGAGGUUUAUUCUGUUGAAUCCCUGGACCCAGAAUAUCAGCAGGAAAAGCCAACUGGAAAGAAAAUAGCAGAAAUGUCGUCAGUUUCAAAAAUGCCACUGUGGUUAAAAUCACCAGACGAAGAAAAGCCCCAGGAAAGUAAGUUGAAGAAGCCCCCAUGGCUGAGUGAUGAAGUGCAUGUAGAUCUAAAAAUGAACAAUUCAAAUAAAAUCAAUGAUACCAGUUGGCCUGAUUUGUUUGAUCUUGCUCAAAGUCACAAAGAUGCUGUUGAUACAACAAACAAGAUCUUAAACUGCAAUAGAAAAGAAUUAUUUGACCCUUGUGAGGAGGGCAAAAUGCACACUGACAGAAGUGAAUUGGACUUUAUGGACAAUCUUGAGGAAAGCGACUUUUGUGUUCACUCACUAGAGGAAGAGAGUCCUAGAAGUGAUGGAAUCAUUGGUGGAAGGCGAAGUUCUUUGAAGAGGCCAAGAAAUACAGAAUUGCUUCAUAUGAUUGAUGUUGAUGAGUUGCUUCAAAUGGAUUGCCAGAAGCCUUCAAAGUCUGUGGGGUCCACAAGAGCCAAGUGGCGAAAUGAACAGGAUGACACCCUAAUGGAAUCGUGGGAUUCUUUAUUACAGUUCAACAAGUCACAACGAGGUCGUUUAGCAAACAUGGAUUUCGAAGGAGACAUAUUUGAUGAAUUCUUGCAGGAACAAAGAAUUGGAAGAGAAUCAAGACUUAAAUCCUUGCACCAGGAAACAAUACAGGAACUCAAAGAGAAGAAAGAAGAACAUGCAACUGAUCCUGAAAGAGAUGACGAUGGAAGUGAUUUUGAAAUUCCUGUUUUACCAUGUGGCAGUCACUUGACAAUUAACAUUAUAUCUACUUGGGGUGAUCGACAUUACGUUGGACUUAAUGGGAUUGAAAUAUUUAGUUCAACUGGAGAACCUGUAAAAAUAGCACAAAUCAAAGCAAAUCCAGCAGAUAUUAACAUUUUGCCUGCUUAUGGGAAAGAUCCUCGGGUAGUUUCAAAUUUGAUUAAUGGUAUAAACAGGACACAAGAUGAUAUGCAUCUCUGGCUAGCACCUUUCACGCCAGAAAGGCCACAUUUUAUCUAUAUUGACUUUGAAAAUUCCUGUCACAUAGCUAUGAUUCGAAUUUGGAAUUACAACAAAUCAAGAAUACAUUCUUUCCGUGGCGUUAAAGAUGUAGAAAUCUCAUUAAAUGGGAAGUUCAUUUUUAAAGGAGAAAUAGCCAAGGCAUCAGGAACAUUAAGUGGAGCUUUGGAGCAGUUUGGUGAUACGAUACUGUUUACUACAGACGAUGACAUUCUGGAUGCAAUGUCCCAGUAUGAUGAAACAUUUAUGGCUGGUAUUGAUUAUACUCUGCCACGUACAUUUGAGGAAGAGCUCAAUAGACCUGGUACUGCAAACGAUGGAGAGGAGAGACCAUUCACACAAGCUGGCUUUAGGGCAGAAGAUAAGCAGGAGGAGGAACAAUCGUUCUUAUUGUCGGUUGGACUAGCCAGUCAGGUACUUGGUGAAUAUACAGGGAAAGCUGUACAGCUAAAUUUCACAGCUACGUGGGGAGAUUCCCACUACCUUGGAUUGACUGGACUGGAAGUUAUAGGCAAAGAUGGGCAAGCACUACCUGUCACAAUGGACAUUAUUGAAGCAAAGCCAAGAGAUCUGAACGAACUGCCAGAAUAUGAUGAAGACAGUAGGACAUUGGACAAGCUGAUAGAUGGGGUUAAUAUCACUACAGAAGAUGAACAUAUGUGGCUGGUUCCUUUCACGAAUGGAGAGAAUCACAUUCUCACAAUCAACUUCAAUCAGCAACAACACAUCGUUGGAUUUCGCUUUUGGAACUACAACAAAUCCCCAGAGGAUACAUACAGAGGGGCAAAGGUAGUUCACAUUACACUUGACGGAUACACUAUUUCACCACCAGAAGGCUUCCUCAUUCGGAAAGGUCCAGGCAAGUGUCAUUUUGACUUUGCUCAGGAAAUUCUCUUCAUCGAUUACCUCCAGAAGAACAAUGAAGCAGCACCAAAGCAGCAAAUUGGGAACCAUGCGAAGAAGAUGAAACAGGCUAGUAUGGACUAUGAAGCUCCACUCAUGCCAUGUGGCUUUAUUUUUCAGCUUCAGUUGCUGACUACAUGGGGAGAUCCCUAUUACAUUGGUCUGAAUGGACUGGAACUCUAUGAUGACAACGGUGAAAAGAUUAUACUGACAGAGAAUAAUAUUGCUGCUUUUCCGGACAGUGUGAAUGUUUUAGAAAGUGUCUCAGGAGAUGUCAGAACCCCAGACAAACUAAUUGAUGGAGUAAAUGACACCAAUGAUGGCAGGCACAUGUGGUUAGCCCCUAUUCUUCCUAAUUUGGUGAAUCAGGUCUACAUAAUCUUUGAUCGCCCAAUGGUUGUAUCAAUGAUUAAGCUCUGGAAUUAUUCAAAAACCCCUCAAAGAGGAGUAAAAGAGUUUGGGCUGCUUGUUGAUGAUUUAUUAGUCUACAAUGGGAUUCUGGAUAUGGUGAGUCAGGUGGCCCGCGGUAUCCUUCCAACCUGUGAGCCUGUUAUUCCAUAUCAUACCAUUCUUUUCACCCAUGAUGAGAAGAUUGCACAGAGAGAGAGAAAUACAGUCAUAAGCAACCAAGUGGAAGAUCAGGAUGUGAAAUUGACUAAUGAGCAUCAAAUUAUUCAUCGAUCCAAGAAGAAGCAAGCUGCUGACCCAGCUUUGCGACCGAAUACAUGCAUUACAGACAAGGGAUCUACGAGAAGAAGAUUUUGAUAAAAAUCUCAGUGAGGUGAAUUGUCUUGAAGUAUCUAGUUAUUUCCUUGAUUAGAAUUUGUAUAACACUCGCUGUUAAUAACUGAAACACAGCAAGAAUGACAAGAAAUCUUCAAAGUUGGACCAUACUGAGCACACUUAAUGACUGAUUACCUAAUAUUGAGUUAAAGAUUAACAUGCAUGAAUUGUUCCUCACUAUUUAAAUAUUGCUUUUUGGUUUCUUUGGAGAAGUGAGAAUGCUAUCAUCCCGUAUUGAGAUAUAUUUCUUGUGAGUCAAAUGUAGCAUGGCCAAAUGUAGCAUUGAGAAAACUAUUUACUCAGUGCCAUAAUGUGCCUUCAUCUUGAGCAGCGUUUACAAUACCAAUCUCACCAAUAUUGUGUGCCAAUUAAGCUGUACCAUUAAUCAACUGAAUUGAUGCUAUAACAAAGUGAGUAUUGCCUCAAAACUUUUAAAAUUUGGUACUAUGAUGCCAUCGAUAUGCCCAUCAAAAUUGAAUAUUUGUCCACCUCUGUUAAGUAGAUAGAUGUAAAUAGUAUAUUUCUGAACCUGACAUGUAUGUGUAAAGAAUUGUUCAAACACUUGUAUUGUAACCAAAUUCAGCUGAGGAGUUCUCAUUCUGAAAUAUGUAGUUUACAAACACCUUGGAUAUAUAUUAAAUGCAUUUUAUUCUAAGAUCUAGCACUUGUUAAGGUACAGGAAUGUUUUUUAUUAAAUAUGUUCCUGCCUUUAGAAUAUCUGUUAUUAUCAUUCGAGUAGUAUUAUUUAUCUUGCAUCGAUACUAAAUGGCCUUGAAGCAUCUACUUAAGCAGUGUACAUUCCUAUUUUAUGAACUUAAGUUUAUAGUAGUUUAAUAAUAGGUUAUUAAGAGUGGGAAGUAUAAAAUGUUAUAUGUAUUUAUUAAGAAUUCUGUCCAAAUGGCUUCAUCUCAUAUUGAGAACUCUUAUUUGUUAACAUCUCACUACAAAAGAUGAGUAUUGUAAAGUAUGAUUAUUUUAAAAAGCUAGAUACAAUACAUACGAUAGAUUAUAUUGCACAUACCUGAUGUUUUUGUCUUUUGAACCCUGACGGUGUUUGUAACAAUUUAAAAUACGCACUAUAUUGAUUUUCUAGUCAGACCUACAUCAAACUUUAUCCCCUUUCAUUUACUAAUUGUACAUAAAUUUUCAUCGUGUAAAGAAACUGUAUACUAAAGAAAAUUCUAAUUUUAAAAUUUAAUGAAAAGUUUAUAAUAUAGUUUUGCAGUUUUAAAUAAAACGUUCUAA